AUGACGACGGAGGAUUCUAAUCGGCGAUUUGUCUAUCAACUCGAGGGCGUUGGUCUCAGUCUAUUUGUGGUCUCCAUCGUUGGCGGCGUUGUGUCGUUGAUCGUGGUAUGCCUGAGGACGUUCAUUCGACUGCGGGCAAAGACGUUCAGCUGGGACGAUGGCUUGAUGCUCGGUGGUUUGGUCGUUUACCUCGUCGAUGUCGCCCUCGCCUGCAUGGGCGCAUUGAGCGGACUAGGCACGCGCAACGCAGACCUCAGCCCAGUAAUGUUGGUUGAAUCGAUGAAGUACUUGAUGAUCUGGAUGAUGCUUUAUGUGGCAGUCUUGUGUACGAUCAAAACUUCGAUUUGCAUCACCACACUGCGGAUCGCUACUACAAUGCCAACGCUGCGCAUCGCCGUCUACGUCUUGAUGGGCCUUACCGUCGCCACCUUUUUGACGACAUUCGUCGGCAUCCUGUUGUUAUGCCGACCUGUGGAGGCGAAUUGGGAUACAAGCAUCGUACUAGAGGGUCGUGGGGAGUGCUCACCAGUCAGCUCAAUGCUGGCCUUGUCAUACACUUCGACUGUCAGCACCAUUGUUACCGACCUUGCCUGUGCCGUCCUCCCGGCUAUCAUUCUCUGGCAAACGCAAAUGAAACUCUCGACAAAGAUUAUGGUCUCUUUUGUUCUUUCCUUCGGCUCGUUUGCUUCAGUCUCGACCAUGAUACGCACUCCAUACAUCGAUCACUACAACCGUCCUCUCGACGAUCUUGCUUUCCACAUCGCCAACAUCCCUCUCUGGUCCAAUGUCGAGACUGCCAUUGGUUUCAUUGCCGCUUCCCUCCCCGCUUUACGACAAUUCUUUAUGCACCGUCGCUCACCGCGACCUACAACUUUGGGUCAAACCGAUGCCUCCCACGGCCUCCACCCGGGUUCAGUCGGGCUCGUUACUAUUGGCGGCUCGGGAGUGAUGUCUAAGAGCAAGAUCCGUAAAGGGACAAACUACGAGGACGACGAGGCAGGCCAGGGAUACUGGACGCGUCUUGAUGAAGACAGCGUCUCGGAGAAAGGAAGCACUGCGCCUGUUCGAGGAAUUCGUAAGGACAUGACCUUCGACGUAUCGUCCUUGCCAGGGCAGAAGAAUGGUCGCGGGAAGAACUAG